CUGACGAGUGGGAUUCUCAGAUCAAUGGCAGCCCCCUUACUCAUCUAUGAGGAGUCAUUGAAUUUUUGCACAUCGACUGUAGAUGCGUGGUCAUGGCAGGCUUCUAUAAUUGUUUGAAAAGCAACAAUGACUGCAUCAUGGCAGCCAGAACAGUGGAUCUGAUAGAGCCACUCGAUGGGGAAGAAUCGGGUGAAGAAUUUUCAAGAAAGAAAAAAUCCAAGUUUCAGACCUUCAAGAACUUCUUUGCCAAGAAGAAAAAGAAGAGCAAAGAGCUGUCGUCUCCCACGGGAGGAGAAAGCAAACUCAAGACAAGUCAGUCCAGUAACGAUGUCAACUUCGAUUCCAGCAUCCUCCAUUUGCCAGCGGAGCCCGGGCCCAAAGGGAGCAUGGGAAAUAAAGCCUUGUCGCAUGACAGCAUCUUCAUCUUUGAAUCGUUGCCAGAUGUCCCUGGCAAAACGUCCUUGCAGGAAAACCUUCCGGGGAAGGUGAAAGCUUUGCAGCUUCGGUUGCAGCAGAACCUCCGGCUUGGAUCGGCCCCUCUUGGCAUCACUGGCAGGAAAGCGGAAGCCCUGGGCGCGCUGUCCAAAGAGGGCGGCUUACCCAGGAGUCCGCCAGAAAUCUCCGCUCUCCAUGCCAUUCUGGCCGGUUCAAGGAGCCAGUCUUCCAGCCCUGCCCAGCACCAUCGCUCUUUGAGUUUAGCGGGGACAGACAGUGAAGAUGAGCAGGUAAAUGCAGCGCUGCCCAGCCCCGGAAACAGACCUGUCGAGCGGCCUGCCAUUGGGACAGACCAGGGAAGGCCUCUCAGCCCGCUGCCUCCUGCACGGCGUGGGAGCCCGCCUGCCACGCCCGCCUGCCGCUUGCUUCUGGCUGACUUCAACAGCCCGGCCAUCCCGCUGGGCCACCUGGACACCUCGGCGGCCAGGCACAGGAUUGCCAUAAAUCCGCGGAAGCACAAGGCCUUUGCCAGCCGGAGCCGGGCCCUUCCUGUGGAGAAGGAGCAACACCUUCCUGGAACAGCUGAAAGAAAAGCAAAAUUACUUGAGGUAUCUGAAAGUCAAGAAGUGGACUGGAAAGGCCCUUCAAUCCAGAAUGCAAGGAACUUAAGCGGGACUUGGACAAACAAAGCGCUGCCUGUGAGUAGGGCCUGUGAUGCUUUGCGUUACUCUUGGAACGCAGGCCCUGGCACAGGCGGGAUCUGUGCCUCGACACUGGAGGACCGGAACUUGCUGGCGACGGAUCUCCAGGCCAGCAUCGCGGUGUCCUGUCCAAAAGCCCUGUCUUCUCUAACCAAGCAUGAAGGAGAAGAAGAAGUGGAGGAGGAUGGAGGGGAAGAAACGGGGUGGCCCCCUGAGGACCUUGCGCUAAACCCAUGGAGCUCCAGGAACGCAGUUCUGGAGAGGACCGAAUCUUUACGGACUGAAAGUGUAGCCUCUGGGCUUUGUGAGGUGUUGCUUCCUGUCUUGCGUGGAAGUGUCGUAGGAGAGGACGCAGUGGGAUGGAUCCGUGCCCCCUGCCCACAACUGGUGGAGCAACAAGCGGAAGACUCUAGCGCUGGCAGUGAUGCAAGACCAGGUGGCGGGAGCAGCUCUGGUGCCUUGGAGGCAGGUCCUGCGCCCCAGGGUCCUUCAUCCACUUUGGAGGCUCCCUCAGAAGCAGAGAAGGUCACGGCACUGGCCCUCGGAAGCAGCCCAGCCAUCAAGGAAGACGUGAGGCGGGCUGCAGACGUGGGGCUUCAGCUGGUUGAAGGCUGCACGAAGCCAACAGCCGCUCCAUGGGGGAUGCCUGCCAUCUUGGAUGCUGGCCUAGAUGGCCCUUUGCUUCAGAGCGCAGUGGGGGAGACGCCAUGUCUCCCGAGGGAGCGCCAUUGCGCUGUUCUCAGCGGUGGCCUGGGUGAGGAAGAGGCUGACCCCGUUCGAAAGCUGGCCGGCCUCCCUUCAGGAGGUCUGCCGGCCAUGGGAGCUGCUGAGGACGCGCCUCAGAGCAGCCUUCCCCACGACCACGCUGGAGAUGGAGACCAUUCGGGGGGAGUGGAAGCGAGGGAAGGGAGCCCAGCACCAGACGAGAAUCCAGCCAAGAGCCUGGCCAGGUCCGCUUCUGCCAAGCCAGUCAGGUUCACCAUCGCUCCCGCCUGGCAGAGGUCUCUCUCAGGAGGUUCGCACCCUGCGGAGGGAUCCGGCACGAGAAGCGCCCCGUCUUCCCCCAUAAGGCCAGAGCUCUUCAAAGGGAUGCCUCUGCUGGAGCCAGCCGCACAUGGGUGCGGGCGGAGCAGCCCGGAAGGACUCGAGGGGGGCAACGGGGACAUCACGGCCCACCAGCCCUCUGCUCUCGAGGGGACGAGGGACAAGGAGCUGGGCCAUGAGAGCCCCUUUGGGGUGAAGCUGAGGAGAACGUCAUCUUUACUGAAAUACCAGGCGGAGCAGCAGCCCCCACCCCUGCCCCCAAAGCAGCCCCCGCCACUGCUGGCUGCUGAAGCCUCCUCCGUCUCCGUCAUCGAGGCGCCAACGCCAGCGGAUCCCGGGACCCCACUCCAAACUUGUCCUGCUGGCACUAAAGCUUUGGCUACAAGAUCCGGCUUCCAGGAGGACAGAAAUCCCCCCAAGGCCAAAGGAGACGCAGGGGCAGCCAAGCCGCAGGCAGGCAGGCCCUCCUCAGAGCACACGCCGGCUGGGCGCCCGGAAGCUCCCCCCUCCCGACCGGUGUGGAUUUCGAUGGCGAAGCAGCAGCAGAAGGGCUUCCGGGGCCCGGACCUUGCCAGAAGACAGAGAGGGGGCGGGAAGCCCCCUGCCAGAGCAGAACAUGCACGGGAGACGGGUGCUGGGGCUUCGCAGUGGCCAGAAAAGGACGUGAACCCUACUGGUGAGGAUGUCAUGAAGAAGAGCGUCCCUCACCACCUGUGGGCACUUGAGAGAGGAGCAAAGUCAAAGGUCUUGUCUGCACCACUUACAAAAGCAGUGCCUGUCUGGGCGCCGAUGCAGGAAACCCCCCCGGCGGAAGCAGGGCCCCAGCGGACGCUGAGCCUGCCCCUGUCCUCGUGCAGCGGCCCCGCUGAGCCGCCCUGGCUUUCCCUGGCCAAGAAAAAGUCCAAAGCCUGGAGCGAGAUGCCUCAGAUCGUCCAAUAGCUGCUCGGGAGGGCCGGCUCCGCGCACACGUGGCCGAGUGCAGUGGGAGGAGCAUGCCGUUGGCCACAAACGGGCUUCUUUCAGGACUGCUUUCCUGACCACUGGGGCUGAUGGGAGUUGAGGUCCACAACAUCUGGAGGGCCCUGGGUUGAGGAAGGGUGACCUACAGGCUGGAUGGGAGGAGCUGCAGAGUUCUCACGGGAGGCCUUGAUGUGGGGGAAGGAGGCUGCUGUUCACGCGUGGCUAGCUGGAGGAGGGCCUCUUCCUACCAAACGCUAAACUGUAGGGGACCGUGGGUAUGACCCGAGGCCUCUGCGCCUCCUCUUGUCCUGCGAAAUCUGCAUUGCUGGCAGCUGAAGGCGGAGGCUGGGUUUCUUGCGCUGGUCCUUCCCACGCCCCACGCAGUGUCCUAGCAGCAAACGUGGCUUCAAGGCCAGUCUGGGUAGCUUUGUUGUGCAGUAGGCAGCACCAGUCGUCCCAGGGAUGGGCCAUGCUGCCUUUGCCACCCGGGCAGAAGCUGGCGCCUCCGGGGCUUUGGACUUCCAACUCCCAGAAGCCCCUGCCGGCAUGGCUGGUGGUCAGGAUGCUGGGAGUGGAAGUCCUGGGCAGCUGUGGCAGGGUCUCCUUCCCACUGGGCCCCGGCCGAGGCAACUGGUGCUGAGUGAACAGGCCGGAGCCGCUGCUGCCGCCCUCACAGCCUCCACGGUGACGGCUCCAGUUCCCUGCAGCUUCCCUGGUCCCUAAUGACAUUUUGGCCACCAGUCCAGGAAACGGGCAAUGAAAUUCUAACCUGCCAUUAACCCCCUCCCUUAGUAUUGGCUGGUUCAGACGGCCACCCAGACCCCCUUCUCCUCUGCAAAGGACACCAAAGCAAUGUAGUUCUUGGGGCAGCAGCGGGUGGUUUGUUUGUUUCUGUUUUAUGGUGUCUUUAUAUGCCUUUUAACAUGUCUAUGUACAUAUUUCCUUUUUUGUAAUCCCUGACCGCCCCGCCUUCUUUUGUAUUUUGUUCCCAUAUUUUUUGUUUAUUAUUAAAUACGUUUGUCAUAAUGGA